AUGACAAUCCGAGAGAAAUGCUACCUGCAAAAGUUUUUGAUGCAGCGAUAUUCAGCCUUAAGAGAUCCCUUAAACCUGUCAGGAGCUGAUGAGUCUGUCACACCGCCUCACUUUAGAGAGCAAGACCAGAGAGCAGUUUUACUUACUAGGGCAGCCGCUCUGCUUUCCUCGGGAACAGAGGAGUCUUCCUUCCCUUUCUUCCAGUGCAACCAAGAACUGUCUUUCUAUUCCAGGGUCCGGGCUCAACUGCAGACAGGGAGAGCAAGGGCUACAGCUGGCAGCGCUCACUCGGCAUCGGUGGGCUGCAGCGCUUCGGCUUCUUUAAAAGUGGUAUCUGCGUGUGCGAGGGCGGUGCGGGAGGGUGGCGGCGCACUCAGAGCCCGCGGGUCCCGCAGACGCCGGGGCGAGUGCCCGCAGGUGCGGCGGUGCGCGCGGGCGGGGCGGGGCGGGGCGGACCAGGCGGCUGCGGCGGGAGGGAGCGCCCGGGAUGCUGGGGCUCGCACUCCGCUGGCUGGCUUGCUCGCGCUCGCGCACAGGCGCUCGCACCCGGCCCCGCGCGCCGCCCGCGCUCACCUGCAUUUCCUUAACGAGCCACUUGAUGGCUGCGGCGGCGCGGCCGCGGCGGGCAGGACCGGCGGGGGGCGGCAGGCUGCCGAGGCGACGGAGACCCGAUCCCGGGUGGCCAGGCCUUGCCCUGACCACAGGCUCAGCAUGGAGAGCACCCUCCGACUACCGGGUGCUGGACAGCGCCAGGCCAGUUGCCUCUGCUGACCCACACAGAACUGCAUGAACUCAUGAAGGAAAUCAACUCUGCUGACUGAACUCACUAUACUGACUCUCUGCUAACUGAAGAAACGCCACUGCAUUGAACACGAGUGACUAAACACAGCUCACGGAUUCUCCCUGGGCUGCUCUCUAAUAGCUUUUGUUUCCUUCCCACCCCAACCCCCUGUGUUGUUCUCCUGAGAGUUAAGCAUAUCCUAACUCUGACUCAUUCUGUCAAAUCUUUCUGAUUUGUCACUUUGCCUAUUAAUUAGACGUCACUUUCAAACAUGGCUGCUUAUAUCUAUAAACUAAACUUAUUUACAUUGUUUAGGAUUAGGUGUCUGCUAAAGGUAUGUUUCUAUUCCAGACAAAGUAGCCAUGUUACUGUAUUAAAAUUUCUUUAUAGUCAUUUCUAAUUCCACUUUCAGUGGAUCUAACGCCUUCUGACCUCCAUGAGGACCAUAUGUGCAAAUGCCACUUAUACUUACACUGUAGAAAUCGUUUAUAUGCAUAAAAUAAAAAGAAGUACUUUUUUAAAAAAA